CCGGUUUACAGUAUUUUAAUAGUGGGGUUACGUUAAUUGCUAUACGUAUAUCAAAAUUUUUUUUAAAGUAUAUGACAGUUUAUAAUCUUUGUUAGAGUAGGUAUUAUGUGUACUACUUACGUGGUACUUAAACAAUUACCAGGUCGUCUUACUGUAUAUUUAUAUUAUAUGAUCUCAUUUAAUAUUAGUUAUUAAAAAGUAAAUUUUUAUAAAUUUAUUUACGUUCUUUGUUAUUUUAUUUUAAUUAAUUUAAUGGCGCCCAAACAUGAAAAGAACAAAAAAUCUAGUUAUCUUGUUAACGCAUAUCUUUUUGCUUACAAUUUAAUUCAAUCAAUAGGAUGGAGUUAUCUAUUGUAUCAAAUUUGUAAUUUUUAUAUUUUUCCACCCAAAGAAAAGACUUUAUGGGAUGUUGUUAAAUAUACUGUGAUUAUUUUUCAAAAUGCUGCUUGUAUUGAGAUUUUUAAUGUUGCUGUUGGAUAUGUUAAAUCAAAUUUAAUUGUUACUAUUCAACAAGUAUUAUCAAGAGUAGCUAUUGUAGCUGCAAUAGUUUAUAUUCCAGAAACUACAGAUUCUCCAGGCUUAUGUUUAGCUUUAACUGCAUGGUGUUUUGCUGAAAUCACAAGAUAUUUAUAUUAUGGAUUUAACAUUUUAGGAUUUAUUCCUUAUCUCUUAGUUUGGGCAAGGUAUACUUUAUUUAUCAUUUUAUACCCACUUGGUGUUUCUGGUGAACUCUUAAUAUAUUGGACAUCAUUAAAUUAUGUAGGAAAAACAAAAAUGUGGAGCCUAGAAUUGCCCAAUAAGUACAAUAUUGCAUUCAGCUUAUGGACUGUUAUUGCCUUUGUUAUGUUUAUUUAUAUUCCACUGUUUCCUCAAAUGUACAUACAUAUGGUUCAUCAAAGAAAAAAAGUUCUCACCAGUCCAGGACCAAAAAAAGUUCAGAAAAAAUUACAAUAAUUAUUUUGUAAUAUAUGAAACCAUAGGGUUCAGGGUUACUAAAAUCAAUAUUGUUAACUUAAGCCGUAUCUUAGCCAAAUUAACAGAUUGUUUUUUUUUUUCAAUAAUUAAUAAAAUGUUAUAAAAAUA